ACAGGAGCUGAAACACAAUCUCCUCCUCCUUCCCUACGCUGCUUCACCAACAGUCUCACUCACAGCUGGGAGGAGGACAGCCCCGCCAGCAGCCUAAGCAGGAGCUGGGAGAAGGGAAGUUUUGUGCUCUUCAUACUGCAGGAAAACCUCGUUGUAUAACAUCUUCUCACAGGUUACUAACAUCCUGCAGCAAGUCAUCGCUUCAGCCUAAGGUUUUGUGGAAGAAAUAAGCGAUACAUGAAACUGGAUGAAAUUAAAUUUUACAUUUAUUCAUUUGGGACCCUGAUGAAUGAUAUACAGGGAGAGGUAGAAGAUGGUGAAUACCACAGCGAAUACAACUGAGAAGUGUGAUAUUAAUCAUGAUAUCCACCAGACAUUAUCCCCUGUGGUAUAUAUAUUUGUAUUUAUAUUAGGCUUGCCAGCUAACUGCCUGUCACUGUACUAUGGGUAUUUACAGAUCAAGGCUAAAAAUGAAUUGGGUAUCUACCUUUGCAAUUUGACUGUAGCAGACCUGCUCUACAUAUUUUCUCUCCCUUUUUGGCUUCAGUAUGUUUUACAGCAUGACAAUUGGACCUACAGUGAGCUGCUGUGCAAAAUUUGUGGCAUCCUCCUGUACAAAAAUAUCUAUGUCAGCGUGGGCUUCCUCUGCUGCAUCUCCAUCAACCGCUAUCUCGCAGUAGUGCACCCUUUUCAGUUUCAACAGUUUCGGACAAUGAAGGCUGCUGCAAUUGUGAGCAUCAUUAUCUGGACCAAAGAAAUAAUGACGUGCUGCCUUGUCUUUACGCGCAAGGUGAUCAGUACAGAUGCCGAGAACCACAGGAUGUGCUUUGAGCAUUACCCCAUCAAAGGCUGGGAGCACGCUGUCAAUUACUACCGCUUCUCUGCUGGCUUCCUUUUCCCCUUCUUUCUGCUGGCCUUCUCUUACUGUGGGAUUUUACGAGUUGUCCGCAAGAGUCACGGCACUCAAAAGAAGACAAAAAUCCAAAUUAACCGACUGGUUUCAAGCACUGUUUUAAUUUUUUUGGUUUGCUUUGGACCAUACCACAUCCUACUUGUGGUUCGCAGCUUGUUGGAGAACAGCUGCUCAUUUGCUAAGAAAAUAUUUAAUAUUUACCAUGUUUCUCUCCUGUUGACUACUUUUAACUGUGUUGCUGAUCCAGUAUUGUACUGUUUUUCCAGUGAAAGCACUUACCAGAACUUUGCCAAGAUGCGAGACUCUUGUUUAACGUGUUUAGGGUGUCUGAGGACUGAGACAAAGGAAUCCUAUCCACUGAAUGCUCCAGAAACUUCCAACAGGCCACAGCAUGAGCAACAGCCAGGGUUAUUACAAAUAUCAAAUGAUGGUACUGAAAUGAAGGACUUCUCCACAACUAACAUGUGCAGCCUGUAGCAUUCAUCAAAAAAGGAUGUUAAGCUAAAAUCUGCAGCUAUGGCCGCGUUUGUGUAUCCAUCUGAUUUAUCCAUGUGUUACAACUGUGUUACCUCCCAAAGGCUUUUUAGCAAUGCAGUACAGUGAGGUCGUCCCUGGAAGUGCAUGGACCUUGGCAAUAGUGAGGAAAGCACACACUGAGUCAGUUCAGUUACAGUUCUGUGUCUGUUGUCAUUGUGGUAUUGCUCAAAACCUGUCGUCUUGAUGUCUGCAUUGACUGGAACAAGCUAGUACUCAUGGUGUGUAGUUCUGUUGAAUUUGUCUUUAACUGCUUUCUGUUUGCCCCUGCAGCAUCCUGAGAAAAUAAUUCUCUACUAGAUGUCAUCAUCUUUUGAAAAGGUUAGAGACAGAACAAAUUAAAUGCCCCCAUAUGUACUUUUAAGAAGAAAAAGGUAAAUAAAAUUGCAUUUCUGCAACAUUUCUGUAACUUUCUGAAAUAACUCCUCCUUCAGCCUGUUUUGAGGCCUGCAGAGACUGUGCCAGAAUCAACUUCCUAAAACAACCAAUCCAAUAACAUGAGAUGUUCUGGGAGAACAUGCACAAGGAACUCAGCAUUUUCUGAGACCUUCAAUCUGUUGAUUGACUGUUGAACCUCAGACUGUUGAACUUCAUCAUAAGGCUCCUAUUGACUUCCAGAGGUAUGACAUCUCUUGGCUCCGAUGGGGAUAAACAGUUUGGUCUGUUGACUUGGAAAAGAACAGGAAGUUGUUAGUACGUGAGACGCUUUGAACCCAUGCGCUUCUCUGAGUCACCGUGUUCAAAGACAAAUUUAGUUACGUCUAAAUUCUACUAAACCUUGCUGAGGUUUGGAUUGUAUCCUUCGCACAUUGCGUGUCUUGUGCAGCAGAGACCAUGCAGGCAAUUAAAUAACAAUGCAUUUUGGGGGGAAACUGUUACAUGGAUUCUGUUUAAACUCUGUUUUCUUCCACAGAUAUUUAGGGUUUGGUCAUUGUUCAUUCAAUACAAUAUCAGAAAUAUGAUGUAUGAAAGAUCUAUGUUUCCUGGUUUAGACAGAAACAAAAUACAAGAAUAAGUGGAGAUAAUGGCAGUUGAAGAUGCGGGAGUUGUGCUCUAUAGUAUUGUUUCUAUCACCAUGGCCCCUCUAGUUUUUUUUCUUUUUCUCUUUUUUAUACUAAUGAAUCUUGUAUGAUUCUUUUUCAUGAUCUGCUCAUCCUACCUUGUAUCUGUAACUGCUACGCCUUGUCCUUUCACCUCUCUGGUUUCAAACCUUUCUUGAAACACCUCUCUCUCUGCAACCUGGAGCUGGUAAAUUCCAGCAGUAUAAUCAGGUUUCUUUUUUUUUUUUUUUUUUUUUUUUCUAAUGUCAGAAGAUUCUCUAGACAGAUGGUUUACUUCUAGUAUCCGAAGUAUGUCAUUGUAACACAGCCUUGUUUGUCACCAGCUUCUAAAAGGCAACAUGCAAUAAGAGUUUCCUGGAAACCACCCUGCGAGUGCAAUAUUAGAAAUAAUUAGGGGACAUGUUUAAUAAGAAUGUUGUUUAUUAUUUUCUUCCUAUAUUUAUUCACUCUGUGUUUGAAAUAACAAUCUUAUGGCUGUGUCCACAGUUGCUGUUUUUGAGACUACAGAUCCUCUCCUUCCUUCUCUUGCAGAAAGGAUUCAUGUCCCCACUCCCAGGAGGGGAUUAGGUUUGCUUAGGUUAAGAUUUGGUUUGUUUAACUAUUUUACAUUUCUUUAUAUUUAGACCACUCACCAAGCUGGAUUAAUUACCUUAUGCAUGCAUUUUUUUCUUCUGACUAUUAGUGCCAUUUAGCCUUACUUUCUCCUAAUCUUUCCCUUAAUACCCUCUGUCUCUAUCAGUGGGGUCAUAAGGCAGGGACUCCCGACUGCCGUUAUGCCAUGCUUGUAUGUUGUUAUGCACUGAACUAAUGACUUGGACUCCCAUGACCUGGCAGCCUGUAAGACACACGGGUGUUUUGUUCUAGGAUGAAAGGUUUGUUGUCCUGUUUAUGCUUUACUUCUUUAUAGUUAGCUAUGUUGUUUAAAUUAGACAGCUGGAAUGCAGAACAUGCCAGAUUACAUCAAAUUGUCAUCUGAGGGAAUUAAGGCUUAUUUGAGUAGGUACUUUGAUGUUGUCAGCUUUUGAUCAGCUGCUGCAGUUUAAAGUAAGAUGGAAACUUGUGUCACAGGGUCCAGUAUUCUGCUACAGUUCUCAACAUUUAACCUGCAAGCGUAAGGGGGAAUUUUUUUCUUCUUUUUAUCUUUUUUAUACCUGAAGUCAUAUUUUAUCAAUUCUUUCUAUAUUUUAACUGUUAGGCUUAGGCUGCAGAACUGUAACCAAUAUGGGAGGAAAGUCGCUCUCACUCAGAGCUUUUCUUUCCAUCUCAGCCAGAACAGAGUCAAUCAAGGGUCUGACUAUGGUUGCUGGAGAUAUGCUAUACAUUGCUAUUGGUUUAAAUACAGUGCUUGGGACUGCACAUAAGAAGGGAUUUUAAAAAUACACAUUAGAGAAAAAGACAAAUUACUACAUUUUAUGUUUCUUAAUGAAAUCUGUUAAAACUUGUAUUUUGGGGAAAAAUGGGCAAAAGUUUACUAAAUAAAGGUUUUUUUGACAAAAGUUAGUGUUUGGAAAGAAUAUUAUAAAUUGCCCUGUUAGUUUCAUAUGUCAGUAAGCCAAUGAGCAUGUAGCACACAGAGAAGGAAAUCAGCUGCCUCUUCUCCCAAACAGACAUUUUGAAGUGAGGCCAAUCUCAUUUUGUGGGUUCUGUGCAGCAGUGAGCAUAUGCCAUCCUGUGGGGUUACUGGCUUUGGCAAAAAGCUCAAGCAUUCAUAUGAAAUAUUUUACUUAAUAGUUACAGUUUGGAGACUUCUCAAAGAGCUGUUUUCUAAUUGUGACACUUCAAGGUAGUUUCACUGCAAUGUCCUUCAAGAAGCUUUAAAUAAAAUUAAUCUUUAAAAAUGACUGAUCCAUAAAAUAAACAUUGGGAGCUUUGGUGGAUCUGAAUGUCCAGCAGCAAAUCUGGCAUUAUGAUUUCUUUCUCUCACAUACAUUCAACUGUUUUAAGUCUUUAAAGGCUGUGUAUCCUCAAGAACUUCAGAAGAUGAAUGUUCAAAGUAGGCUGGUGUUUGUAGUACGAGCUGAUUUUUCUGAUUCUCAAAAAGUUAUGUGUUUGUCUUAUAGAAGAGAAGGAAAAUAAAACUCACCUGCCAGAAAGAAAAGUAGAUACAAGGUGUUGCUGGCUGCUGGAAGUUCACUGUCCUUUGGAAAAAGCAGUGGCUAAACACAGCAGCGAUUCUCAUCCUGUUAAAGCACAAUGGUUUGGUGCUCACCGUUUGUACCAUUAUGAUCAUUUUAUGACAACUAAAGCAUCAGUGCCUGAGAGGUGCAGUGUCAAAUACACCCGGCCCUCUCUGCUCCAAAGGCCAACAACUAGCAGAACUUCAGCCCUGAUGCUCAUCUGGAGUUACAGGAAAAUCACAGCUUUAAAUGACACAAGUCAGGCACGUCACAACCAUUUCUCAUGUACUGGUUUGGCACUAGUAGGCCUUUGAGACAUAAUUUAAUUUUGCUUCACUUAGCCUCAUCAGAAGCUGAAUUUCUAUAACUGGAAUUCACCUAAAUGUUAAUUUACAUAAUUUUAUUUCAUAAUGAAUGCAAAUGUUUUUUAAUUUCUAAUCACGCUUUAAUUUCUAAGCAUUAAUUUUUAAUCAUUAUUUGUGUAUUUAAUUCAUUUAUUCUUAACAACAGGCUACCCUGAAAUGUCUACAGCCUUUCUGUAUCACCCAGAAAGGGACAAAAUAUAUGAAUGGCAAAUUACUAAUACGAAGGAGGCAAAUGGUAUAGCCUACCCUUUACACGGAAGGUCUGCAAUGCUGCCCUUAUUUUCACCAGCUCAGUUAAAACUCUCCCCUUAUCUCCUCACACUUCCACAAACUAUCCACCACCAUAAGAUGACAGUGUUAGAGGGGCUACAGGAAGUGUGCGAGGGAGCUGUAUUUAACAACUUUCACUACUGUAACACUUACUGGUUUUUUUUUGUUUUGAACCUCCCCUCUCCACUGCAG